AUGGCCGAAGCAACUUCAAGCAAGAGUCACCCUGCUCCUGAACAGAGUAGAUCCUCUGCUUCAGAGCAUGGCCACGAGACAAAGUCCUCGGCGGUUGUCGUAUCAACUACUGUCCCAGAGGUUGAACCUGAUGCCAAGUCCAGCUCAAAAUGGCGUCGAUUUGCAAGCUUCUUCUGGGACUCGAUUGACGGCGACCCAGAGUAUCGCAGCUACGUUAGACGACUAGAUAUGAUCUUCUUUCCAACUGUUCUCCUCGGAUACUUUAUUAAAUACUUGGAUCAGACAAACUACAGCAACGCAUUCGUCAGCGGAAUGCAGGAAGAUCUUCAGUUAUAUGGAAACGAGCGCAACUGGCUUAAUACAUGGUUUAGUCUAGGCAUCAUGGUUGGGGCCGUGCCAGCACAGAUGACAUCUCUGAGCGUUGUCCGACCCUCGAUCCUAAUUCCGGUUUGCGAGGUGAUUUGGUCAGCCUUGGCAAUUGGUAUGGGUUUCACUCAUAGCAUCAAAGUGAUGUAUGCUUUGCGAUUUUUGACAGGAUUGGCUGAAGCUUGUGCAUUCCCGGGCUACAUCGCUAUGCUGGGAAGCUGGUAUGGUCCCAAGGAGCUCACCAAGCGACUGGCCAUCCUCCUCGAGGUUGAGUCAAUAGCCAGCAUGUUCAGUGGCUAUCUCCAGGCUGGCUUAUACACUAGUAUGAACGGGCGUUCAGGCCUAGCAGGCUGGCGAUGGCUGUUCAUUAUGGAUGGAAUCAUCUCUCUGCCAAUUGCGUUUUGGGGAUUCUUCGGCUUGCCUGACCACCCUCACAACACCAAAGCAUUCUACUGGUCGAAAAAGCAUAUUCAGUACGGUCUAGAAAGAAUCGAGAAAUUCGGGCAGACUCGUCAAAUAAAACUGAACUGGUCAGAGGUCAAGCGCAUCUACUUGGGAUGGGAGAUUUGGAUGUUUGUCGUCCCCUAUACAAUGGUGGCCGCAUGCCAUACUUCCACAAGUUAUUUCAAUUUGUGGUUAAAGCAUGAGGGAUACAGUGUCGUCGAGACCAACUACCUGCCGACUGGUGGCAACGCGCUCGCAAUUGUUGUAACAGUGGCUUGGGGCAUGAUUGCGGAUCGCACGAAGCAAUACUUCUGGUUGAUUCUGGCUCUCCAGGUCUUAAUGAUCCUUGCUAAUAUUCUGCUAUCUGUUUGGGAUAUCCCCAAGUCAGCCCUGAUGUUUUCAUACUACAUUUCUUACGCCGGAUCGGCUGCCACACCUGUUCUGAUUAGCUGGGCUUAUGGUCUCAACGCUGGGGACAAUAAUAGAAGGCAGCUGCUAGUUGCCACCGCCAAUGUCGUAUCAUACGCUUGGGUUCUGUGGGUGCCUCUUGUCCUUUUCCCAACCUAUGAUGCACCAAAAUACAAGUAUGGGUAUCAAAUUCUCAUCUUGUUUGGUGGCAUCGCCAUUAUAAGCAUAGUUUUGAUGAGGUAUCUCUAUGAGAGGAAAGAACGAAAUGAAGGCAAAAUCGCUUCUUCACCUUCAACUGAGGUAGCUCCUCCGCAACCAAGCUUAAAGGAAUCAGAUCCAUGA